AUGUCACUCGAGCAAAUGUCAGCGCUCCUCGCAACUGCGCCGAAACAGCCAAAGAAAACGUCACUUGCACGCGAUGAUGGCAAAAAUCAUGACGCAGUCACUUCCACAGAUGACCCUUCCUUUGCAUCCAAAACGCCAUUCUCCGUUCUUCGUACGCAAUUGUGCCUUGAUGCAUCCCACAUGGAUCCGGCAAAUGAGCUGCGACGUCAGUUCGGUGCAGCGGCCAUCAAGGCGUCGGAGCGAGAAAAGGGUGGCGGUUUGCCAUCUCGAGCUGGCUCACGUAGUCGAGAGAAUCGCGGAGCGAAUCUAAAUUCGAAUAUGCGCGUGCGCACAGUCCUUUGCACGCCCAAGCCGACAUGGCCAGACUUGAAUCGCUCGUUUGUCGGUAUGUCGAUGACCACAGAUGAUAUGCCUGGCGGAGCACGCGUAUGCAACUGGGUACAUAGCCGUGCUUACAAACAGGCACAAUUCCAGUUUGCACAAGCUGUCAGCUCAUACGAUACCCAGUCUCUCGUGGCGCUCAUGCGUGUAUUUCCUUGGCAUGUCGAUACGCUGCUGCAGUUAUCUGCUGUGUCGCGGUACCAGGGUGAUCUGGGACAAGCCGGUGACUUUUUGGACCGCGCUUUGUUUGCCAUGGAGCGUUCAGCAGUGCCGACGUUUGUGUCCGGUCUGACAUCGAGCUCUGGUCCUCCGAUGUGCGACUUUCAGCGUGCGGAAAACCGCGCUUUCUGGCUUGCUGUUCACCGCAAUAUCGACUUAUUUGGCCGCCGCGGAACAUGGCGAACGUCGCUUGAAUGGUGCAAAUUACUUUUUGCACUGGACAUGACAGAUCCGCACGGCAUCUUGCUCUGGAUCGACUUUCUUGCUAUCAAAAGUCGUCAGCUAGAUUGGUUCUUGGCCUUCAUUGAUGCACUAGAUGCGUAUCGAAAUGCCAAUAAGGUCGCCGUUGAAACGCCCUCCUCGUCGUCUCUUGACAAGCUCAAAAGUGCGGCCCACGAUACCACGCAUGGAUCCCUCGACUGGAGUGUGGGCCUGUCAUUUGCUCGCGCCUUGGCACUGCGCGGCACCAAAGCUCCAUCAAGCGAUGCUGCAUUGUCGCUUGCGAUCGUACGGCAUCCACGUGCAGCCAUUCUUUUGGCAGACAAACUGGAUGUGAGCGUCCCCGCUGAGGUAGUGCGUGCUUAUCCCAUCCGUGGCGCCUACAGCUCGUCAGACCCAGCAUUUGACGAGCUCCUGUCGCAUAUUUAUGUACACCGCUCAUUGAAUCUGUGGAAAGAGGCAGCGAAUCUCAAUUGGUUCCGAGCACGCGCGGCAGAGACCUGGCCUGUUCUGAUGGACCUAUCCAAAACGACCGGACCUGCGAUACAAAAGUUUGCCCAGGCAGACGGCACGAUCCGUAUGGGUGUGUACCGCCAUAUCGUUGUAGCGGAUGUGCCCGAGGCAUUGCACCAACAGCUGGUGCGAUAUCUUCCACCGGAUGUGAGGAACCCACCCGGCGGCAUGGACACAUUUGAUCCAUUACCGCCCCAGAAUGGCACGCGCUUCGAUGAGAUUGUGGGAAUUGCUGCAGCGACUGCAGAAUCUGGGCGUUCAUGA